AAAUUAACUACAGAUACAAUGUAAAAUGAGGCUUCUCAAAACAAACUGGCUAACAAUAAUACAGAGAAGGCCUAUAUCCAUCUUAUGUCGCUGUCACAAGGUUGAAACAAACAAUGGAGACGGUAUCAGUUUCCCAGGGAGGGAAACAAGAACCUACCAGGAAUGGAAAUCAUGGAAGCUUUAUAAUAUAAAGAGUCGGGGCAUGGUCAGAUUACAAGGAGCUGAUGUGUUUCCAUUUUUACAAGGACUAGUCACCAAUGAUGUAUUCCUGCUGAGUGGGGAGAGGGAGUCGAUUUAUACCAUGAUGUUAAAUUCUCAAGGCAGAGUGCUGUAUGAUAUGAUAAUAUACAAAAAAAAUCUUGACAAUGAGACUUCAUGUGUUCUGAUAGAAUGUGACCAUGAAGUGUCGAAAGAAGUUAUUUCACUUUUUAAAAAAUACAAAAUUAGAAAAAAGGUUGAUAUAACUGAAGUAAGUGAUGAAUACAGGACCUUUGCAGCUCUCCCAUCAGAAGAGUUAGGAAAGAGGUUAUGGCUGCCAUUUAAACAAGGGGAGGUCACUCUGGCACAUCCUGAUCCACGAUUAGAACAGUUUGGUUGGAGAGUUGUAGCAAAAGACGGGUCUGAAGUUCUUGCAGCAAUAGACCCAGGUUGCGAGAUAGAAACCAGGGAGGAGAAGGAAUACCACAUACAGAGAUACAAAGUGGGGCUACCAGAGGGGACUGUGGACCUACCCCCAGGAAACUGUCUACCACUGGAGAGUAACCUGGUCUUCCAUGAUGGAGUGAGUUUUACCAAGGGCUGUUACAUUGGUCAGGAGCUGACUGCCCGGUCUUAUCACACUGGAGUCAUCAGGAAACGACUGGCUCCCAUAGAGUUCGAAAGGGUACCAGAAAACAUACAAUCAGGAGUUACCAUAGAAACAGAGGAUACCAAAAAAAAUGCUGGAAAGUACAGGAAUUCGGUGGAUAGGUUUGGAUUAGGACUGAUUAGAUUGGCUGAAAUGAAAAAGAGGCUGGUGAUUCCUUCAUCAGACGGACAUUUAUACAGUGUGAAGGCUCAUAUUCCAAGCUGGUGGCCACAAGAAGGGGAGAUAACUGUGCAACAAUAACCGUGAUAAUUUUGUGUGGCUCUUUGCAUGUUGAAAUUGAAGAUUUGACAGCAUAUUUUGCAAAGCAAAGUGAUCCUUGUCAUAUGAUUUGUUAAUUGGUUUUAAUGCUCUAUUUAUUUAGCUUUUUUUGAGUGAAUAAUGAAAUUAAUAAGAAAAGUUUGGACAUUUCAGGAUAUUAUUUAAAAAUGUAUAAUGUACCAUAUUUUAUAUGAAUCAAUAAGCUAAAAUCCAAUUACUGUUGUUAUUUGUUAAUUUUUUAUUUAAUUUCAUCAUGAUUCAAUUUUGGCAACAGUUAUUCAGAUAAUUUCAUGGAAAUUUAUCUAAUGAUAUUUAUAUCAGGAACAUUUGCUGAAAUAAAAAUCUCUU